AUGAGUGGUUUCAGCAAUGUUAUGAAAGGGGGCUGGCACCCCGAAGGAAAAGGUGGCAGAAAGGAGAGCUGGCGCAAUGAUUUCAAGGGCAUCAACCAAGUGGCUGGAUGGAUGGGGAAAGGAAAGGACCCCAAUGAAUCUGAAAAGUCCGAACAUGUCUCCCGCCCAUUAUCGUCUCUGAAGGACCCUGGCUCGUUUGCUCCUCCUCCUACACACAUCAAUUACCAUGGAGCGGCCGCUGUACCCAACCAAACGACUCCAGAUAGGAGUGGUAUCGGGGCCCCGCUCACUCAGAAUCAAGUGGACCAGCAGAAUGCACACCAAGAACAGGCUCUCGCAGCGGAACAGGAAGAAGCGGAGAAACCGAAACCACCUCCGGUCCCAUAUCGGGUGAAUACCACAGGGCUGUCAACAGAGAAUCUGCCCCCUCCGCCGGUUCGACGUCUUGAAUCGCCGAGCUCCGGCUCAUCCACCAACACCGCGGCGGCAUCGAAGCCCAAGCCUUCCCUCCCUCCUCGGGUUCCGCCCCGGAACCUUCCAUCCCAAUCGCAGGACGAUGUCCCGCCGCCUGCCUAUACCCCAGUGGCGCCUCAACAGUCUGACGGAUAUAUCAACCAGGAGGCUACAUCACGCCUCGCCAACGCUGGCGUGUCAGUCCCCGCCUUGGGGAUUGGCGAGGCGAACGGUCAAUCGCAGGCGCAGACCACGGCCGGCGAUGCACCCGUCAAUGAAUUACAAUCCCGCUUCUCGAAUAUGCAAACCGGACCAGCCUCACGAGCUCAUCAAGAUAAGAUCGACAUGGGCAAACAUAAACUCAGCGGCGCAGCUUCAGGGGCGAAAAGGUUUGUCGAUGACUACCGGUCUCCCUCUGCUGCACCGGGUUCUCCUUCUCAUGCCUCUGGUCUUCCUCGAGACACACAGGAGUCGUUACCACCCCCACAGAGCAAACUUCAACAAGCUCAAGCAUUCAAGGACAAGCAUCAAGAUAAAAUCGACAUGGGCAAGCAGAAACUUAGCGGCGCGGCUUCGGGAGCGAAAAGGUUUGUCGACGACUACCGAUCUCCGUCUGCUGCACCUGCUACACCUCCUACACCUGCUUCUCCAUCCCAUACCUCUGGUCUUCCUCGAGACACACAGGAGUCGUUACCACCCCCACAGAGCAAACUUCAACAAGCUCAAGCAUUCAAGGACAAGCAUCAAGAUAAAAUCGACCUGGGCAAACAGAAACUCAGCGGCGCAGCUUCGGGAGCGAAAAGGUAUGUCGACGACUACCGAUCUCCGUCUGCUACACCAGCUUCUCCAUCCCACGGCUCUGGUCUUCCUCCUCGGGAUGCGGAGGAUGCGUUACCCCCUGCUCAGGGAUUGCGGGAGCGACAUGCAGACAAGAUCGACUUUGGCAAGCAGAAAUUAGGUGGAGUGACCUCUCGUUUCAACACGAUGGUCGAGGACCACAAGUUCAACGCCGCGGCGAACAAGCGGAUGCCGCGUCCACCCGGUCCCAGUUCUCCCGCAACCAGCUCGCCCGUUGCUCCAGUCCCAGUCCCAGCUUCCAAUUCCCCGGCCCGGCAGGAACCGGCGCUACGAUUGAGGCUCAAGCCCGUAAGAAGGCGCCCCUCCCCCGCCGCCGAAGAGAGCGGAUAUGCGGGCACCGGCCAGCGAUUCGCCAGGCUCGUCGGCGGCAUCGACACCGCCACCAGUACCACUGAACACCAAGCCCCGCUGAGCGGGAGUUGA